UUGGCAACAGGGAGAGAGAGAGAGACGGUCCCUGCCCAACAGCGGGCGUGAUGACGGGCAAGGAGGAGGAGGAGAUCGUGCGGAUCGCCAAGAGGCUGGACAAGAUGGUGACCAAGAAGAGCACGGAUGGUGCUGUGGAUCUAUUAAAGGAGCUGAAAAGCAUGCCCAUUACUUUGGAUUUGCUUCAGUCUACCCGGAUUGGGAUGUCUGUGAAUGCACUGAGGAAGCAGAGUACAGAUGAUGAAGUCAUAUCCCUGGCCAAAUCACUCAUCAAAUCUUGGAAAAAGCUGCUAGAUGCUUCAGAAGAGAGAAAUGAUGAGAAGAAGAAGAAUUCUUCCCUGCCAAAAUCCUCUUCAAAAGAUGCCACUGACACAAAAGAUCAAAGCUCCAUCAAAAAACAGGAGUCUCCGAAGACCCCAACCACCCCCAAAAUCACCACCUUCCCACCCGUCCCCAUCACCUGUGAUGCUGUACGCAACAAAUGCCGAGAAAUGUUGACAGCGGCUCUACAGACAGACAAUGACCAUAUUGCGAUUGGUACAGACUGUGAGAAUUUAUCUGCCCAGAUUGAAGAAUAUAUCUACCAAGAUGUCAAGAACACAGAUAUGAAGUACAAAAAUCGAGUGAGGAGCCGGAUCUCCAAUCUGAAAGACUCAAAAAACCCCGAUUUGAGAAAGAAUGUUUUGUGUGGAGCAAUCACUCCAGAGCAAAUUGCUGUGAUGACCUCUGAGGAAAUGGCUAGUAACGAACUAAAGGAGAUCAGGAAAGCAAUGACAAAGGAAGCAAUCCGGGAGCACCAGAUGGCAAAGACAGGUGGGACCCAGACAGAUCUCUUCACCUGUGGGAAGUGCAAGAAAAAGAAUUGCACUUACACCCAGGUCCAGACUCGCAGCUCUGAUGAACCCAUGACCACCUUUGUUGUCUGUAAUGAGUGUGGAAACCGCUGGAAGUUCUGUUAAGGUUUUGCAGAACAGGAUGACGGCUACCGAUCCGGAUUGAACCCACCCCUACAUUCUCUAGCUUCUAAACCAAUUCGGUACCGUCCUCCCCGCGAGUUUACUCGGUCACCCACGCAAAAGUGCAUCAUUGCAGUGGUGAGGCCUUCAUCUCCACAUCCACAUCGGCGAAACCCAGCAGCUAUCCGCGGGAACAGAGGAGGGUAGGUCAGAGUGCCAGCUCACACAGCCAGAACAUUUGUACUUCCUCAUUCCAGUAUGUAUCGUCAUUUCUUUUCCUCCAAACACUAAUAAACGUUUUCUUUUUGCCACUUCUC